GCCCAAAUUCUGAUACUCGUUAGUGCUGUUAAUGUCACCACCAUUGCCAUCAUUUACUUUAUAAUUGAAUCUAAUCUCCGGAUUACUGUCUCGAAACAAAAAUUGGCUUGAAGGGAGCUCCAUUCUUAACGGAUAAACAUAGUCGGGAAUAGAGGCGAGUUGUCCCAAAUCCAAAUGGGAACCAACUGUUCUUAAUGAUGUAGAUGGAUCGAAAUAAAAUGGUUUCGAGAAAAAGGAAGGAUAGUGAGUGGAGAUGGGCAUUGAAGUGGCAGCAGUGGUAUGUCCAAAAGGAGAGCUUCUCAACAAAGGCGAAAAGGGGGAGGCAAAGCUGGAGGUGGUUGAGCCGCUGGUGGCGGUGGUAUUGCCAAAAAUUAAAGCUAUUGUUGUUGCCAUUCUCGCAGUCGAGUUGACGGUGAAGCCGCUUGAAUCGAGGAGGGGUCUGGAGGAAAGGCGGGGUUCUGUUUGGGCUGUGGAGAGAAAGCUGCGUUGGGGUGGUGGGGAAGUGAAGGAUCGCCGUUGUUUGGAAGGAGAAAGCACGACGACAACCGGUGGUGGUUUAGGGGUUGGAUGUCCGGAGGAUAAAGGGGAGGCCUUGGCGCUGCCGCCGUCGCCUCACUCUGUUUUAAGGUUUGCUAGUUUGUUUGAGCUGAUUCUGAAGCUUAAUUUUGCUGCUUUGGUUUUCUCGGGGAAAUUGGCGCGGAAGGGGAGAGGGAAGAGCUCGUCGCCGGUGCUUGAACCAGAGGCACCGGAUCUGCUGUGGCAGCUAUGUAUUUUUGAGAUUCAGUAUCCAGGACCUGAUAUGCCGUUGCUUAUCAAGCCUGUUGAUUCGCUUGAUGCUUGCAUUUAUGUAGAAAUCAGGACAAGAAUCCCAGAGACAAUUUCAUGGGACUACAACUUUGAACCUGCAGGAACUACACUUACUUUUACUGUGGAAGUAUUAUACUUCAGUUUGCAGCUUCCAGAUUAUUGCCGAGCCGAGCCUGCAUCAACAGGUAUAAGUACAAGUUUGAAGUUUCUACAAGAAACCACUUCAAACCUACCUAGUACCAGAUUAUUAGCUGUUUUCUCUGUGCUGCUCUGCUCUUGUGAUAGUGCUACACUUGAUUCCUAAUAUAAGAUAGAAACAUGAGCUGUUUAGCUUGAGUUUUUUUACAAGUUAUCUUUUUUAUUAACUAUUGUAAAUCACCAAAGAAGGAAGGAGGAUUGGGUUUACAAGUUACUUACCUCUUCAAUUUGAAUAUCUUUACCUCUUCAAUUUGAAUAUCUUUACCUCUUCAAUUUGAAUAUCUUUUGCUAUGGUUUUAAAUGUUGCAUUGUUCUCCUCAGCACCUAGAAAUCCAUUCUUUAGUUGAUCUUCUCAGUUGCUAGCUGUCAUUGUUUUAAAUACAUGAAUGGUAUGUUA